AUGUUGAGAGUUUUACGGACGCCCAAAACGGGCGUUUUCCGCCAGUGCCGACUCAUCUCGACCAACUACGUCACCACUCCCAUUUUCUACCCCAAUGCCGAGCCGCAUGUGGGACAUCUCUACAGCAUGGUUCUGGCGGAUGUCAUCAAACGAUACAACGGUCUGAAUGGAAAAGACACGUAUUUGCUGACAGGCAUUGAUGAGCACGGCCUGAAGAUCCAGACUGCGGCCGAAAAGCUGAAUUUACAGCCCAAGAUUCUGUGUGAUCAGCUGGCAGAGAAAUUCAAACAGCUGGCAGAGGUGGGAAACAUUGAUAACAACCGGUUCAUGCGCACCACCGACGCUGAUCACGUUAAUACCGUCAACGACAUGUGGGAUCGUCUUACUAAGGCUGGAUAUAUCUACAAGGGUAGCCAUUCAGGCUACUAUUGUGUUUCCGAUGAGACUUACUAUCCCCGAGACAAGUGCCAUGAGGUCAAUGGACGUCUGGUGAGCAUUGAAACAGGCAAAGAGGUGGAAUGGACCGAGGAAGAAAACUACUUUUUCCGACUUAGUGCCAUGCGAGACAAGUUGUUGGAGUUUUACAAUGCCAACCCGGAGUUUGUCAUGCCUAAGGAGGUGUACCGGGGCAUUGUUGACGAGGUGUCGCGUGAUCUACCAGACCUGUCCAUUUCUCGACCCACAAAUCGACUUUCCUGGGGCAUUCCUGUCCCUGGAGACGAUUCUCAGGUAAUUUACGUUUGGCUUGAUGCUCUUGUUAACUACGCCACUGCCCAGGGCUUUGAUACGGUUUCCGAGGCGGUUCAUAUCGUCGGCAAGGACAUUCAGCGAUUCCAUGCUAUUUACUGGCCUGCUUUUCUGCUGGCUGCCGGAAUCAAGCCACCCAAGUCUGUUCUGGUGCAUUCUCAUUGGAUCUCCGAAGGCCAGAAGAUGAGCAAGAGCAUUGGCAAUGUUGUGGACCCGAUGCACGUGAUUUCCAAGUAUGGCUCGGAUUCUGUGCGGUUCCUCCUCAUGUGUGACGGCCAUCUGCAUAAAGAUAACGAUUUCACCGAAACCAAGAUUGCAGAGAAACACAACACCAUGCUGGUCAACAAGCUGGGCAAUCUGCUGAUGCGAAUCACGUCGGCCAAGUUCAAUCUAGUAGAUAGUCUGGAACAGCCUCGACAAAAGACUGUGGAGGAUAUGGCUGAGUUCUUCGGUCCGGAGUUUACAACUACUCGAAACGAGCUGAUUCGAGCGCUCAAGGAGCUGCCGGACGUUUACAAGGCAGACAUGGCCCGUGGUUCGACCCCCAAGACCAUCACAGACUUGUAUUAUGUGAUUAAUCUGGCUAAUAAGCAUGUGGAGGAAACCAAGCCGUGGAGUUUCAAGGAGAAGGAGAUUCCUGCCAUGAUUCUACGUGAGGCCGCCGAAACUGCGAGAAUUGCGCUCAUUCUCAUGCAGCCCUUUACCCCCGAGUUUGCCACUAAGGGUCUCGAUAGACUGGGUGUGAAGAAGGAGAGAAGGACCAUGGAGUGGGCGGGCUUGUAUGUUGAUGGAGAGUAUGGAGAGGGCAAGAAUUACAAGGGCGGGUAUCCUAUUCAGAGGAUUCAGGAGUGA